UGACGGUGGCCUUAAGGGACAUUUCACACAACAACUCUGCCUGUUCUAAUGACAGCGACCAGAACUCGGUGAGGAGCAGCGGACCAAACACACGUCUGUGUCGCCGUCUCCAUCAGCGGCUCGUUGCAGCCUUCCCAGGAGCAUCUCCGCACUGAACUGAGCCCCGUCGGCUCAAACGUUGACAGCGUAUCAGAGACUGAGCCCCUUUCUCAGGAUGCUGGGCGUUUUAGCGCAAAAGGAUGAGACGUCCGGCAGCCAUACGGACAACAUAGACAAGUACCUGGUACUUGUGGUUCUCAAGCUGGGCCUGGACGCGACGGUCCUCUGCAUGUGCUGCCGGAAAUGGUAUACCUCCUUUUUAAGCAUGUGCAGUCUGUACAUGGUCCUGGCCGACUUUGUGAUGGUGCUUUUUUUUUCAAGCGUGUUAUUUCUUGGGCCCGAGAGCUAUCUUGGUUCACUGUGCCUCAUCUUGGCCCAUGCCUCGACGACGUAUGAAGCGCUGCCGCUGCCCAUAUUGUUCCUGGGUUUAUUGGACUACGGUUUAGAUUCAGCUACCUGCCUCGGCAAACAGAGCACCGUCUCCAAAUUCCUAAGACACACAGCUUUGGCAUUGCUGGUGUGGAUCCUAGCUGUUAUUUACUCCAUUGGGUCCGUCAAAUCUGAUUUGAUUUUUAUGGAUUUACCAGAUGGGCUAUCAGUUCUAGUGUGUGAAGUACAGGAGUCCACACUGAUUUCCUACUUCACUGUGGGGCUUUUCCUCGCAGUAAUGUGUACAAUGCUGCCCUUUUGGUCAAUGAUUCCCCAGUGGGUGAGAGAGGCCGAUCGGAUAUCUAUAGCAAGGGCAGAAUCAGAAAACCGGAGCGACUUGUUGUUCACCCCAACUAACUGCAUGGAGACAAAAGGCAUCGAGGAGAAGCCAUUGGAGGAGACCGUCUAUCCGCGCCCACCUCUAUGGUUCAGUAUAAUAUUGGGCUUUAGCCUAUUUUGGAUGCCUUAUCUCACUGUGUCUGUGGUCUGCAUAUUGCUCGGCUUUGGAGUACCGGCCUACAUCACUGUUAAUCUUCUGUGGUUGGAGUGCACCGUCAGUUUACUGAUGGGUGUGGUAUUCUGGGCAAAUAGUGGCACACAAGGACCAUACAGGCUCCCAGAGAAUGUGUGCAUGUGGCCCAUUUACUGGCAUUUGAGCAAAGGAACACAAAAGCAGCCAUUCCCUCUAGCGGUGAUCAACCCGCCACACGAGAAGAGGCACACUCUCCUCUGUGUGUAAGAGGACGAAGAGGUCCACAAUUAAACUUGAGACACGGCAGACAACGAGAACUGUGAUGUGAGAAAGUGAGUAAAGACUUGAAGCUGGCAACUAUGGUGUAAAAGUUGGGUUUGCCGCCAAGACCCAGACGCACAUAUUUCCAGCAGCAGAAGUGCUUUGGAGCAAAUAGCAAAAUGCUGCAGCCGACAGGCUGUGAUUGGACUUCAAGAUGCGUUUCUUCUUUUUUUAGCAACGUUUUGCUGAAAGCUGUGAGCAUUAAGCUAAGCUUUUGUAAAAAUGGACUAAUCACCAACAAUGUUCUACAUGUGUUUGUUUGUUAUGAAGGACCUUUUUAAGAUACUUUUAGCAUCCCUGAAGGGAAAAGUUACGUUGACUCGUGAUUUAAAUCUAUUCUUUUUUAACUUUGUUCCAAACAGGUUUCUAAAUAAAUAUCCAAAAUCCCGGUCUUUCAAUUGUGUGUGUGUGCGUGUUUUCGACUCUUUUUCAGACACCGUACAUUUGUUUAUGUUGAUACUUUGUUGUUCAUGAAUAUUUCUUUAUUGACAGAUGCUGCAUUGACUGUUCACUGUAUUUGUUAUUCUUGUUUGGGUUUUGUACUUGUUACAUGAUGAAAUUACAUAAAGAAACGAAAUGUU